AUGUUCUUCGCGUCCCAUUCGGUGACCGAUGUUUUCUACUCCUCCCAAGCCCGAUUCCCAGAACGCAACUCAUACCUAAUGAUAGAAACCGACACUGGCCUCGUCGGAUGGGGAGAACGCUAUCUGCUUAUUGUCGAGAGGGGGUUGGGGGGGGGGGGGGGGGGGGGCAACUGUCGGUAUUGGGUUGAUAUCUUGUUUUCUCAUGCCCGAAUACCCGUACAAUGCUCAUCUGCUCAAGCAAUUGAGCGUGAUCUCGCAGUCUGGCGUAUUGAACAAGAAGCUGGAGUGGGUGAAGCUCACGAAGAAGUCGGCACUUUACACGGUUUCCUGCUUGCUCUCACCGAUGUUAAGAUCUGGGCGUUGGUAUUUUGUGUUAUCUUGUCGCAAGCCUUGAAUUCGGCCCUGAAUUUCCUUCCUACGAUUGUCGCCACGCUGGUAUACAACGAAACCUUGACUCUUGUUUUGACUGCCCCACCCUAUCUGGUACAGUGCAACGAAGUUCUAUACUGGCCUAUAAUCCUAUCAUUGGUCAUGGGUGCUGUUGGAUUCGUCAUUCCUUUAGCGACGACUAAUCUCGGCGCACGAUAUUUCGCCAUAAUGCUGUUCCCCGGUGCGACCAUCGGACCACAGAUCCCAUUCUAUAAGGCUCUGAACCUCCAUAUGGCAAGGCCAUAUCCUAAGCGAACAGCUGGUGUCGCUCUUCUGAAUGCCAUUGGAGGUACUUCGAAUGUCUGGGGUAGCUACCUCUGA